AUGGUAUCCGCGCUAUCAGAGCUGCCAGCGUUAUUUUCUGGACCAUGCACAGCACAGUGUCCCGGUUCAGGCCCUAUCGGCAUUCUUGAAUAUCCAACUUCCCUUCCAACGGCAACCCAACCCGGUCUUCAAUACGACUCCCACCCCCGCCGCCUCGGCCGGCCCAACACCCCCGGACCGCCCGCCGUCUCAUUGAUCCCGUACAUCCGCCGCCUCGUCGCCACCGGCAUGGAUUUCCCCGGCGUUUUGCAUGGAUUUUUCGGCGACGACUGGGGCAGCGGCGUCGGAUCGUUGCACGAGCAGGAACGACGCAACUAUCUAUUUGCCGCCAAGAGCGGUGGUUGGGCGUCCGUGAAGAAGGACUACGACAUGUCCCCCUUGGAGACCAUUCCCUUCUUGCGCCCGCUGCAGGGCCCGCUCGACGCCGAGAUCGAGGCCGCUGAGCGCAGCUGGAGUGAGUGGCUGGCCAUGGAGGACUGGAUGGUUGGGCCGCGGGCCCCAGAUAUCCUGCACGACUCGUCUUCGCAGAACUCGCGACCACGCAGUGCUCGCGGCUGA